AUGUUAGCUUUACGUCCAGCAAGUGUUGCCAGAAUGAUAAGGCCAGCAACCAGAACCUUUUCCAUAUCAAGAAUUAUUUUACAACAGGCUCAAAAGAAGGAUGUUACCGUUAAGACAGCUCAAAAUUUAGCUGAAGUUAAUGGACCAGAAAGUUUAAUUGGUCAAGGUGCCAAGAAGGGAGAAGUUCCAACUGAUUUGGAUCAAGCUACCGGUUUAGCUAGAUUGGAAUUGUUAGGUAAGUUAGAAGGUAUAGAUAUCUUCGAUACGAAACCAUUGGAUUCCUCAAGAACUGGUACCAUGAAGGAUCCAAUUAUCAUUGACUCCUAUGAUGAUUUCAGAUACGUUGGUUGUACAGGUUCUCCAGCAGGGUCUCAUACUAUUAUGUGGUUGAAACCCACUGUCGAACAUGUCGCAAGAUGUUGGGAAUGUGGUUCCGUGUACAAGUUGAACCCAGUCGGUGUUCCUAAUGAGGAUGGACAUAGUCAUUAA